GCAAAUGUCUCGCCUCUAUCAGGAUCCGGCCUCUCCCUUCAUCAUGUGGCAAUUUGCCACACUGAACAUCGCAGAUCAUCACUUGUCAAUCGUGCUUCAGUCUCUAAUACGCUCACCAGAUAAAGUACCAUGAAGGUGAUCCACGUCCUGCUCCUCGCCGCCUUGGCCAUCUCCAGCGUCUCGGGCGCUACAACCACGACGUCCUCGGCUUCCACCACGUCUUCAGCUGUGGCGUCGUCCACUGCCAGCGCCGCGACGUCCACUGCGGCGUCCACAGCUUCGUCCACUGCGGCUUCGGCCAGCACCAGCGCAGACGUCGCGGACGCUUCGGGCUCAUCGAACUCCACGUCGUCAGCGUCAGAGUCGGCCACGUCCGAGUCGGCCAGCGAUUCGAGCUCCGCGACCGACUCGAGCUCGUCGGAGGACGAGGCCACGGCUCAGAGCAGCUCAGGCACAGAGUCGGACUCGGGCCCCACGGGCAACUCGGGCGGUGCCAUUGCUCCGCGCUCUGGAUCCAUGCUCUCCAGCUCGUCGGACGCCAUGCCACAAAUGACGGCGACUAUGGGCUCCGUCGCGGCGGUCGUCGUCGCUGUCGGCGCGUACUUCCUGUAGUUAACUUGAUAAUGUCGAUGGUUCCACGUAGACUGGGUGGGCUGUGAGCCCGCUCGUAUCAUUAACACGUAUAUUUCCGCUCCCGAUUGAGCGUUUUGGCAUCAUUCUUAACGGUGUACGACGUGAGUGGGGGUUUGAGCUGUGUUGCUGAUAAUGCAAUGUGAGCAAAUGUGGAGUCCAUUUUGUGGACAGGGAACUGGGACGCGAGCGGAAAAGAGCAUCAACAUUAGCGGCGGUGAUGUUGAUGCUCCUGGAUCCUUCGAAGUUGAAAUACAGAAGCGGUCGUCAACACUGAACUUCAGCAAGGAGAAUGGUGACGAUGGUUGUGCUCGCCAGUCUUGGUAGGGAAUUACUAUAACUUUCGUUUUAAAAAGUGGAAUAAUGAAGUUAUCGAAGCAAGGAGAAAAGAAAAUAUAUGUAAUUUGGCAUUUUGUCAAUAGGAAAAUAAAGCAGAAUAUCGUAAUUACUCUC